AUGGUAUUGUGGAGACAUUCCCGGAGGCUGGCUUCUUUCAAAAGGCUUUACAGCUACCAUUAUCGCAAGGAGAAUGUUUGGCAAAGCAGAUUGUUCAUGGCCACAAUAGCGUCCCUGGUUGCUGGCUCAGUUUCAUGGUAUUAUUUUUGGCCUCAUCAUACUUUUUCUGCACCAGUUGCUAAAACUUUAAGGAAGGGUCUCAGAGCGGAGUCUGAUAAGGGUGAUUUCGACUACAAUAGCGCAUUAGAAUCCUACAGGAUUGGUUUGAGACAGGCCAAGGAAGAAAAUAUACCUGAAUGGUCUAAUGAAUACACUGGAAUUCAACUCAAGAUAGCUCAAAUGAUGGAGUAUUUGCAUGAUUAUGGGAGUGCCCUGUUAAUGUAUAAACAGAUUAAUUCAGCGUACCUCGCAUUCCUGAAGAGUGACCAGGCUGAAGAUAAUACUUAUCCUGAGCUCUCAAAACCUUACAUUCUAUUGAAAAAUUUGAGAGUAUCUGUGAAGAUUGCGCGUGUACUGGAGCUUUCAAAUCAAACAGAGAAUGCCUUGAAAGUCCUUAAACAUGCUAUGCUGUUGUGCUCCAACUACGCCAUUGCUAAAUCGGCAAAAGAGCAGGGUCAAGAUCUUAAAGGUGUCAAAUUAGUUAUUGAAAAUAACAGAGUACUAGUCAAUGGCAAUAAGGAGAUCAAAGUUGAACGCAACAGAGAAAAUUGGUCCCCUUUUACAUUUGAGUUUUUUAACGCAUCUGACUACUAUGUGUCCUUAUGUACAGCUUCUGGAAAACUAGAUGAGGCCAUCAAAGAACGACAAAGGAUUCUACUCCUCAUGGUACUAGCUCAGGUUCCAGGGGGUGAUAUUCUACUAUCGCAAUACAAUCUGGGCUCUUUGUUAUACAUGAAGGCGGAACAACUUGAGUCAUUAGAACUCAAAUAUAGAAACGAUUUACCUCGACAACAAGAAGAACUGCAACGGACAAUGACAACAAAGAAUGAUUAUCUAUCGGCGGCGACCGAAUGCUUUGAGACAGUGAGAGAGUUGGCAACUUCUUUGGAUGAAAAGCAAAAGAAAGGCUCAACCAACGCAAUUCGCACGAGUGGCAUUAAUGAAAACAACUCUAUUAAAUCCAAGGUUUUGUGGUACCAAGUUGACCAGACUACAGAUGAUUCCAUAGCAUUAUCGACAUAUGCACUAGGUGUGAUUAAAUUGCACCGAGGGAUGUAUAAAGAAGCUGAAGAUCUACUGAAGGAGACAUUAAGGAGAGCUUCUAGAACUAAUUACACCGAGUUGAUUCAAGAAACUAAAAGGGAGUUGGGAAAGCUUGACCGAGAAAGAAAGCAUGGACCAAAACUUUUAUCAGUUAGUAAGUAA